AUGACAGCCGUACCCUCCAACUCUGAAGCUCGCGUCGCCCUUGGAGAGGCAGCCGACCGCAAAAAGCCACCGCAGGGCCGUGUCGUUGUCACCGGCGGCAGCGGCAAGCUGGGCCGAGCAACUGUGCAGCACCUAUCAGACGCAGGUUACGAGGUGAUCAACUUUGACACGAGAAGGCCGCCGGGAGCUGCCGAGGAUGGCAAGACGGGCCUCAAUGGAGCUUAUCGUCUAGUGGAGGUUGAACUGUCUGAUAUGGGCCAAGUGCUCGAGGCUCUCCUCGAGAUUGAUAUGGCUUACUCUGGGGUGGACGCCAUCGUUCACUUGGCUGCUAUGCCUUCCCCUGGUCAGAGUGCAUCGUCGAGGCAGUUCAUGAACAAUGUGUCGAGUACCUACAACAUCUUGGAGGCUGCUCGCAAGCUCAAGAUUACAAAUGUCGUCCUCGCCUCGAGUGAGACCCUGAUUGGCAUCCCGCUGCUGCUCCAGCAGCAUCCCAAGAAGCUUCCCAUCACCGAGGAGACUACACGAGCUCCGCAGAGCGCCUACUCUCUGGGUAAGCUCAUGGGCGAGCACCUGGCCGACCAGUACGCCGUCUGGUGUCCCGAAUCAAAGUACAUGUCCCUGCGCUUCAGCAACGUCAUGCUCCAGUCGGAAUACGCCGGCUUCGAGGACUGGCAGAAGGACCCUUCACUGCGAUACUGGAACUGUUGGGGAUACAUCGAUGCCCGCGAUGGAGCUAGUGCGAUCCACGCUGCGCUGGUCAAGAAGACGACUGGACACCACCAGUAUCUUGUGGCGAAUAGUAAUACGUGCAUGAGGACAAGCAACACGGAGCUUAUCAAGGCUACUUUCCCCAACACACCGUACGAGCCAGUGAACAAGGAUGACCCGAAUGAAACUCUGCUGUCUAUCGAGAAGGCCCGACACGAACUCAACUGGACACCCAAGUACAAUUGGAAGUGA